AUGACCAGCGCAAUGCGGAGCAUUGGGAUGCAAUGCGGGUCGUUAUCGAAGGAUACGAUUGUGUUCCCGGAUGGGACGCGCAUGAGACCGCCGGCAAAGAACUUUCAUGAUCUCCCGUCGAAAAAUCGAUUUGUUGAUGGUGCUUGUGCAGAGGAAAAUCGGAUCUUAAUGCCAAUGUCAAAAAGGGGACCGCCUAUGACCCCGGCUCCGGAUCUGUCUCCUGUGGGAUGUGGGGCGUGUGGCAAUGUGAAGGCACUGCGGGUCUGUCAGAGGUGCAAAGGUGUUAUAUACUGCGAUGAGAUCUGCCAGCGCAGAUGUUGGAAGCAACACCAGUUGGUUUGCUUGUCACCAAAGGCAUUGUUCGCAAGAUAUGACGAGGAGCAGAAGAGCCUACAAGCAGAGGAAGAGAAAUCACACCAGCUGGAAGUGGCCAACGUGCUGCGGGAGUUCAUGGUGCGGCAAAACAGCACAGGCUUGCCUGACUCAGAGAAGACCAAGCCACCCAAGCAGCGCCCUCCCUGGCUCCAACGCAAAGUUGAAGCCUUGCCGAAAAGUGAGGAACAGGUGCCUUCGGUUCCUUCGGAGCCUCCGGUGGCCACCAGCGUCACCAGGCCGCCUGAGAUGUCGGCUGCGCGUGUCGCUGACUACAUCUCGCUGUCUUCCGUUAGGGAGGUGAAGAUGCCUUGCGUCAUCUUGGGCACUGCUGGACAAAGGGGCUUGCAAGGAAAAAGGGGCAGGGCUGCAAUUCUCAACGCUUUGAAGAUGGGAUAUCGCGGGAUUGACACCUCUGAAAUGAACAGGAAUUUGUUUGACGUCGGCUGGGCCUGCAAGGCGUCCACUUUGGAGAGGAGGGAGCUCUUCCUCACCAUGAAAAUCCCACCCUGGAGCCAUGGUUAUGAAGCUACAAAGUCUUCAUUUGCCAGGCAGCUCCAGCAGCUUCAAAGUGACUAUGUGGACUUGCUUUUGGUGCAGUGGCCGCAUGUCUGGCGACAAGAGCAAAAGGAAUGGGGACCAAUGCAGUGGAGAAGGGUGAACCAGUGGCAAGCUGGUCAGCUCCAAGGGACGUGGGCAGCAAUGGAGGAGAUUUGCAAGUCAGGGAAGGCCAAGGCCAUUGGGGUCAGCAACUGCACCAUCCAACAUAUGGAGGCGCUUCUGAAGUAUUGCACCGUGCGCCCGGCCGUUCUGCAAGGGGAAUCGCACCCGCACUGGCCCAACAGGUCACUGCGCGACUGGUGCAGGAAGCAUGACAUUGCCUUCCAAGGCUACGCGCCUUUCGGUGGACAAGAGACCCCUGAAAACUCAGGGCAUCGGCCUGUGGAUGAUGCUUUUUUGAAGAAGGUGGCCGAAUGCAAUGGUUUGUCAAACUUCCAGGUGUGCAUGCAGUGGAACCAAAGCCGCAACUCCAGCACCGUGGUGCAGUCACAGGACAAGAAACAUUUGCGUGAAAAUCUCACUGCCUGCAAUGUGAACCUGUGCAGUGCCACGGACUUCAAAGGCAUCGAUGAGAACGCAAAGGAACAUUCCCAGUAUGGUCCUUGCUACUGGGGACACAAUGACAAGGACAAUCUGAAUAUUUGGAAGGACGAAGAGAAGCUUCUGGAAGCUGUUCUCCCUGAGCCUCGUGGUCAUCAUUGGUCUCCGAAGGCCAAGACCCCGGAGGAGAUGCGGAAAGAAGGCUGGGAACCAUUGGUGCCACCAGAAGCGCUUCCACCAGCAAAGAGGGAAGGCAACAGAUGA